AUGUUGAUGGAUAAUCGGAAACGAAAUGUUGAGGAAAUACAACGGCAUACAUCAUUAUUACAAACUUGGCUGACGUGCGUUGUUGCUUUGUUGCAGGGAGUGCUGGUGCAGGAAGUGGACGAGGGGCAGCCAUGCCUCACCUGCCACGAAAAAUGCCCCGGCUUCACGCCGCAUAUGUGGCGGUCGCGCGGUGGGUAUACAACCGCCAGCGACCGGAUUGACUGCUGA